GGGCACCUCCGCACCCUGUGCCGCCUGCGGGGACCGAAGUGGCCUGAAAGAGUCACUGGGCUUCCCAAAGAGGCUUGGAGCUGCCUCAAAAGCCCCCGGACUGCAGAGCAAACGUCGGGGAUCAUUAUGUCGAUUUUCCGAGGACCCGGGUUCGCAGCGCGGAAUAGAAGAAAAGGCUGGCUUCUUCCGGGCCCCGCCGGCAUUUGAUACCCAGAGACUCCUAGGAUUGCCCAGGUCGCCGUGGAUCAGCAGCUUUCCUAUAUUAGCACCUCACAUUUUAAAGAAAAUAUUUUCUGUUUGCCUCGUUGAUCUCUUACUACCAUCAACACACAGAAGUAAAGACUUCAGUCUCUUCGUUCAAAGUAUGCUUUAUAUUUUUGCCAAAUAUGAUCUCUAGUUGAAAGUUUAUUUUUGAUUUUGGAUGAAUCUGUGGAGUUUAUAUUGUAAGAGGAAAGGGGGAACGAGACACAAUGAAAGAGAAGUCCAAAAAUGCUGCCCGGACUAGGAGGGAGAAGGAAAACAGUGAAUUUUAUGAACUGGCUAAAUUACUGCCUUUGCCUUCGGCUAUCACCUCACAACUGGACAAAGCAUCCAUAAUCAGACUCACGACCAGCUAUCUCAAAAUGAGAGUAGUGUUUCCAGAAGGGCUGGGCGAGGCGUGGGGCCACUCUAGUCGGACCAGUCCGCUGGACAACGUUGGUAGAGAACUGGGCUCGCAUCUGCUCCAGACCCUGGAUGGCUUCAUUUUCGUGGUGGCCCCAGAUGGAAAGAUCAUGUACAUCUCUGAGACAGCUUCAGUCCACCUGGGUCUUUCUCAGGUAGAACUGACCGGGAACAGCAUUUACGAAUACAUCCACCCCGCCGACCACGAUGAGAUGACCGCAGUCCUCACAGCCCACCAGCCCUACCACUCUCACUUUGUCCAGGAGUACGAGAUUGAGCGUUCCUUCUUCCUGAGAAUGAAGUGUGUGUUAGCCAAGAGGAACGCGGGCCUCACCUGUGGUGGCUACAAGGUCAUUCACUGUAGCGGUUACCUAAAGAUUCGCCAGUACAGUCUGGAUAUGUCCCCCUUUGACGGCUGCUACCAGAAUGUGGGCCUGGUGGCAGUGGGCCAUUCGCUGCCUCCCAGCGCAGUCACAGAGAUCAAACUGCACAGCAACAUGUUCAUGUUCCGUGCCAGCCUCGACAUGAAGCUCAUCUUCCUGGACUCCAGAGUGGCGGAGCUGACGGGGUAUGAGCCUCAGGACCUGAUCGAGAAGACCUUGUACCACCACGUGCACGGCUGCGACACCUUCCAUCUGCGCUGCGCCCACCACCUGCUGCUGGUGAAGGGGCAGGUGACCACCAAGUACUACAGGUUCCUGGCGAAGCACGGCGGCUGGGUGUGGGUGCAGAGCUAUGCGACCAUCGUGCACAACAGCCGCUCCUCCAGGCCACACUGCAUCGUCAGCGUCAACUAUGUGCUCACGGACACAGAAUACAAAGGACUGCAGCUCUCCCUGGAUCAGAUCUCAUCCUCCAAACCAGCCUUCUCCUACACCAGCAGCUCCACUCCUACCAUGACUGACAAUAGGAAGGGGGCCAAAGCCAGACUCUCCAGCUCAAAGUCAAAAUCUAGGACUUCCCCGUAUCCUCAGUAUUCUGGAUUUCACACGGAAAGAUCUGAAUCCGAUCACGACAGCCAGUGGGGCGGAAGCCCCCUGACCGACACAGCCUCACCGCAGCUCCUGGACCCCAGUGACAGGCCAGGUUCUCAGCACGACGCCUCCUGUGCCUACAGGCAGUUCUCCGACCGUGGCUCUCUGUGCUAUGGCUUUGCGCUAGACCACUCCAGGCUGGUGGAGGAGAGGCACUUCCACACCCAGGCCUGUGAGGGAGGCCGGUGCGAGGCAGGCAGGUACUUCCUGGGAACCCCGCAGGCCGGGAGGGAGCCCUGGUGGGGCUCUCGAGCGGCCUUGCCCCUGACCAAGGCCUCCCCAGAAAGCAGAGAAGCCUAUGAAAACAGCAUGCCUCACAUCGCCUCGGUCCACAGGAUCCAUGGGCGAGGUCAUUGGGAUGAAGAUAGUGUGGUCAGUUCUCCAGAUCCGGGGUCUGCCAGCGAAUCAGGUGACCGGUACCGCACUGAGCAAUAUCAAAGUAGCCCACACGAACCUAGCAAAAUUGAAACUCUGAUAAGAGCUACCCAGCAAAUGAUUAAAGAAGAAGAGAACAGAUUGCAGCUAAGGAAAGCCCCACCAGAUCAACUGGCUUCCAUUAAUGGAGGUGGGAAAAAACACUCCCUCUGUUUUGCAAACUACCAUCAGCCCCCACCGACAGGUGAAGUCUGCCAUGGCCCCGCUCUCGCCAGUACUUCCCCAUGUGACCACAUCCAGCAGAGAGAGGGAAAGAUGCUGAGCCCCCAUGAAAAUGACUAUGACAACAGUCCCACUGCAUUGUCUCGGAUAAGUAGUCCCAAUUCAGAUCGCAUUUCAAAAUCCAGUUUGAUCCUAGCCAAAGACUAUCUACAUUCAGAUGUGUCUCCUCAUCAGACAGCAGGAGACCAUCCCAUUGUCUCUCCAAACUGCUUUGGCUCUCACCGGCAGUAUUUUGAUAAGCAUGCUUACACAUUAACUGGAUAUGCCCUGGAGCACUUAUAUGACAGUGAAACCAUUAGAAACUAUUCCUUGGGCUGCAAUGGCUCACACUUUGAUGUAACUUCCCACCUAAGGAUGCAGCCCGACCCAGCACAAGGACACAAGGGAACAUCUGUUAUAAUAACCAAUGGAAGCUGAUGUUUUUCUAAAAUAUUUUGUUCUUUAAGGAUCUCUGAAGCAUAUUUAUAGUUUAAUGCCCAAUUACCAGUGUUUACCAUGCCUCAGAUUUUUAGAGAGGAUAAUUUACGUUACUGGGUAUUCGACAUGUGUUCCUGUGAAAUCAGAGAAAAUCACACUAACAUUCAGGGUUAUAUAGAUAAUGAAGCUAAAGUGAGCACACAAAUUGCCCCUCAAAUUACAUGAGAAUAGAUAAAAUUUGAAUUAAAAAAUACCUGUGUAGAUUAGGUGAGCAUAUAUACCACAUGAAAGGACUUAUGGAUGAUGUCAAAUUAUAAUAAUUCGGUGAACCACACACACACAGAUUGCUAGCCACACUCUUCUGUAUGUACUUUAAUGCAGAAAUAAAGACUAUAUACACCAUAGAUACACCCCAAGUGAAUAACUUUCUGUAACCCUAGCACAUUGAACUUCUGAAAGAAGUUUUCAUUUCCAAAAUAAUUAAGAGAGAUUAUAAACUGGUUUCUUUGUGGUUUCAAAUAGCAGGCUCAUUUGGUUCAGGCAUAAAUUAGGGAAACAGUCCUAGAUUUAGUACAAGAAUGAAUUUUCACCUGGCAUGCAUUAUCAGCAAUCAGGAAGUGGUGAUUUUUCACCUUACUUUUGAGUUAGACAAGGAACAGGAUCACAUUGACAUAGCAGUAAGGGCUUUCCUAAGUAAAAGCACUGAGAUAGAUGUCAGGAUACACAUCAAAAAACCUGGUGUGCUCAACUUGAAAUAGUAGAGACGGAAAGGCCAAAAACAGAGUACAAUGAAGUGAUCUCAAACAAGUAAAGGCUCAGAAUAUGUACUCGAUAUAUUUGGCCAACCAAAUAAAAAAUUCAGACCAAUUCACCAGGAAAAAAUGCUGGUAAGUGCAAAAAAAAAUGGCUAAGGAAAACUGGUGACAUGCUGCAUGACAGCAAUGUGCUUGAAAACAUCUCAAAGCACAGAUGUGCAAAUGUGACAACAUGUGGAAAGCCUCUGGAGACAGUCUAAGCAAAAGACUGGUAGACAAGUGUUUAGGAAGGCAAAGCAGUACUCUGACUGAGGAACAGGCAACACAUUAGUUUUCUUUAUUGCUUGUAAACAACAAAAGCAGCAAACUUGGUCUUCAGUUCAUGUGAUAAAGUAGAAAGACCAGGAGACCAGAUACCAAGAUACCUGGGUUCCAGUUCUGACCCUGUCUUUAAACUUAUUUUGGGAACAGAGAUACAUCACUCACCAUACCUAGGCCCCAGUGUCUUCAUCUCUGUGGCGGUGCUAACACUUCAUGGUCCUGGGGUUCACUGAUGUGGCAAAACUAAACUUGUUAGCCAGUUAACUCUCUGUGUGAGUUGUCAGGACUGAUCACUCUGACUUUCUGCACUCGUACAGAGGUCUGAGCGCUUUGUAAUUUGAGGAGGUGCAUGGGUUCCCUUAAGCCUGUGUAGUUACAGUUGACUUUCUAGGUUCAGUCAAAGUGUAGAUAGAAACUGAGGAGGGAGAAGAAAGUAAGAUUUACUUAGCACAUUAUUUUCUAAUGCACAGUGACAUACACAAUGACAUAGAUAAUUAGUGAACUUUCAUAGGUAAUAUUUACUGGGAGGCCCAUGCCUAGACUUUUGCCGUAUUCAAGGAGGGGAAUGUAUUGAAAGAACUUGAUUUACAAUUUCGAAGACAGUCCGUGGCAUUGAACACUCAGGGAUUAGUGCUGUGUUUUCAUUAUGUAAUACAGUUAUUUGGCAUCCAUAGGUAGGUGACAAUCUGAAUGAUGAUAAUCCAAGAGAUAAGUACUGGAUGUUUGUAUAUGAGAAAAGAGGCUACUUAAAAUUAAAUAUUUCUUGGGUGUGACAGAGCAACAUUUGUGCUGCAAAUGGAAAAAUGCAAGUAAGUGAGAAAGUUAGUGGUUAUAUAUACUUUCAAAUGUUCAAAAUACAUUAAAACUAAACUUUGAGCUAUAUAAAAAAGUAUUUAGUAAUUUUGAGAAAGACAUUUAUGGGAACCUCCUAGAAUACUUAAAAUGGAUCUUACUCAAUUUGCAAUAUGAAGUUUUAGGAAUGCUAAAGUUUUUGCAGAAUUCUGUAGAUGCAUAAGUGGUUCAAAGACAAAAAUAUCUGAAGAAUAUGGUGUAAUUAGAAAGAAAAUCUAUACAUAAUGGGUUUUACUAAUGGAUAUACCUUCUAAAAAUGUCAGGGAUAGAUGCUUAAAAGAAAUAGACUCUUAAGGAUCACGGAAAAUGAACUAAUAUGAAAGAAAAGACUGUCAAUGGAAUGGUUAUAUGGGAGAUAGUUAAUUGAUGAAAGAAAGAAAGUAUGAGCUUUACAAAUAGGGGAUAAUCAGACGGAAGCAUGAGCUUUCAUAUGGUAUAGCCAAUAUUUUUAAGUGAAGAUAGAAUUAACCAAAUUACAUCUUAAUUAAAACUUUCAGUGAAUUGACUGAGGUUCAAAUACACAGCCAUUUAAUUUCCUGAGUAUCAACUUUAUAGUAACAGAUUUAUUACAUUACUUGUAAUGCCUUAUAGGCCCACAGUAUUUUAUAUAUAUGUAGCUUACUUUCUUGCAAUGUGGCAUGUUUAUUACAAAAUAACCCAAAAUAAGUCAAGACAGUUUCAUGACAAGGUUGUUUAAAUACACACAUCAAUGUGUUCAAAUGUAUUUAUAAUCUGUAUUAUUUUGUUCUGUACAGGGUCAUAUUUCCUCAUAAUGAAGAUGUCAUCUGUGUCUUUUUAAAUUAUGGGAUGUAAAA